GUCUUAACAGUUGUAAUCUGUAGUUUGACGCAAGAUGUGGCUACAGUUGCUUUUGGGCUUAACGCUUUUUGUUGCAAUAAGCAAGCAGCUUUCUUUGCCAACAGAUCCCACCUAUCAUGCAGGCGUAGUCGAGUUUACUGUGCAAAAGGGCACCGCCAAACAACGCACGGAAGAGACUACAAAUCUUUUCUUGAGCAUAAUAAGGGGCGCAGAUGUGGCCGAUUUGGAUAUGUUGGUGUUCCCAGAAGUUGUGCUAAAUAGUCCAGAGACAGCAACCUUUGUGCCAGAUCCAGCACAAAAUGUGACACCCUGCUUUAUGACAGACUAUGAUGUAUUUCUAGUGGAACUAAGCUGUGCAGCAAGAUCGCGUGGCAUCUACUUGGUCGUAAACAUGCAAGAGAAGGAGCUUUGUGGCAAGGGCUAUGGAGCGGAUACGUGGGCACCGUGUCCCAACGAUGGCGUGCGUAUAUUCAAUACAAAUGUUGUGUUCGAUCGCACAGGCAAAGUUAUAUCCAGAUACCGUAAAUCACAUUUAUGGCGUAGAGAGUAUAAAACUCGUGCAGUGCUAAAGCAAGCUGAUAUAUCGACAUUUACCACUGACUUUGGUGUGACAUUUGGACACUUUAUAUGCUUUGAUAUGAUGUUCUAUGAGCCUGCAAUGCGCCUGGUGUUGGAGAAGAAUAUUACCGAUAUUAUAUAUCCAACAUAUUGGUUCUCAGAGCUGCCGUUCCUUACCGCCAUACAGCUGCAGGAAGGCUGGGCUUAUGCCAAUGAUGUCAAUUUGCUGGCAGCCGACGGCAGCUGGCCGGAGACGAAAACCACCGGAUCCGGCAUUUAUGCAGGACGCCUGGGACGUUUGAAUGCAUCUAUCUAUGAGCAGCCAACGCGGCAAUUGCUGAAAGCGCAUGUGCCCAAGCGUAUCCAUGGCCAGCCUGCCGUAGAGUUGCCAACUAUUGUGCUGCCGCGCUUUCAGCCGCUGCUGACAACGCAACGCAUUACUCAAGUCGACACGUACAGAGAUUUUAAUUUGGAUAUAUUUGCUACGAUAUUAUUGCCUCUUAACUUUCUCAAUGUUAGUCAACGCGUUUGUCAUAACGCAUUUUGUUGUGAGUUUGAGCUGCAGCGACGCUUUAUUGACAACUCAAAUGUUUAUGCUGCCUAUCGUUAUCGAUUGGGCGCGUAUUUUGGAAAUGAAACCACUGUGCUGCGUGUCGAUCGCACGGAGCAAGCGGUGUGUGCUUUGUUUGCCUGCCGCGAUGCUGAGCUCAUCAGUUGUGGCAGCAUCUUUCCCGCUGGUGUGGCAGUUGCAAAUACCCACUAUUUCGAGCAGGCGCAUGUGAGUGGCGAUUUUCCUGCUGCAGCGCGUCGCCUAAUCAUGCCCAGCACACUGAAUGGCGUCUUUAUGCCGCUGCCUGUGGCACAAUACGAGUGGCUAGAGUCGCCAGCAGCCAAAUUAUUGCAACGCACACGCGUCAAUUUAACUUUAACAGCACCGCAAAACGAUUUGCUCACCUUUGGCAUUUGGGCCAACUAUUUUACGCAACUGCAGAGCACACAUGGUCUAAAUCAUAUGCAAGCUGUUAACGCUAAUAGCAACGCUGAUAAUAACUCGUCUAACUUGCCUGCUCUUAAUUUAUUUUUGCUUUCUACUUUGUUUGUUUUGCUUGGUGUUUUUAACAAGCUAACUUUAUAAUUGCUGUAAAUGAAUAAACCUUUUUAUUGAUCCCACUUGCUACACUAA